AUGUGACACAAACAUGGCUUCAGCAAAACCCCCGUGGAUAGAAAGGUGGGCAGGUAUCAGAGAAAGGGAGCUGGGCAAGUACUCCCAAACUUGUCUCGGUUGGCCCUUUCAAGUAGUCCAAAAUUGCAGGUGGGGGUGUCUAGUCCUUUAUACACCCAGUCUUUCAAUGCCCCAGACUGGUGGAAGGAAAAUGUGGCCUUUGGGGUUGGGCUUUCUAGGGCUCUCACUCUCUCAGGUGGAAAUUGUCAGUACCAGCAUUCCUAGCAGCUGUGGAAUGAGUCCCUCAGUCCUGAAAUGAUGCUAGUGUGUCUGGAAUUGGUGGGUUCCUGGUCUCACUGACUUCAAGAAUGAAGCCGCGGACCCUUGCGGUUUAGGUUAAUAAAGUUUGGUGCUUUUUCACAAUGGGUUUGCCGCUAGGACAGGUGUCAUGAAAACUACCCCUAAAAGCCAAAAUGGGAAAGGAAAAGACUCAUAUCAACAUUGUCGGCAUUGGACAUGUAGACUCGGGCAAGUUCACCACUACUGGCCAUCUGAUCUAUAAAUGCGGUGGCAUUGACAAAAGAACCAUUGAAAAAUUUGAGAAGGAGGCUGCUGAGAUGGGAAAGGGCUCCUUCAAGUAUGCCUGGGUCUUGGAUAAACUGAAAGCUGAGUGUAAACGUGGUAUCACCAUUGAUACCGCCUUGUGGAAAUUUGAGACCAGCAAGUACUAUGUGACUAUCAUUGAUGCCCCAGGACACAGAAACUUCAUCAAAAACAUGAUUACAGGGACAUCUCAGGCUGAUUGUGCUGUCGUGAUUGUUGCUGCUGGUGUUGGUGAAUUUGAAGCUGGUAUCUCCAAGAAUGGGCAGACCCGAGAGCGUGCCCUUCUGCCUUACACACUGGGUGUGAAACAACUAAUUGUCAGUGUUAACAAAAUGGAUUCCACUGAGCCACCCUACAGCCAGAAGAGAUACGAGGAAAUUGUUAAGGAAGUCAGCACUUACAUUAAGAAAAUUGGAUACAACCCUGACACAGUAGCAUUUGUGCCAAUUUCUGGUUGGAAUGGUGACAACAUGCUGGAGCCAAGUGCUAACAUGCCUUGGUUCAAGGGAUGGAAAGUCACCCGUAAGGAUGGCAAUGCCAGUGAAACCACACUGCUUGAGACUCUGGACUGCAUCCUACCACCAACUCGUCCAACUGACAAGCCCUUGCACCUGCCUCUCCAGGAUGUCUACAAAAUUGGUGGUAUUGGUACCGUUCCUGUAGGCCGAGUAGAGACUGGUGUUCUCAAACCUGGUAUGGUGGUCACCUUUGCUCCAGUCAAUGUUACAACAGAAGUAAAAUCUGUCGAAAUGCACCAUGAAGCUUUGAGUGAAGCUCUUCCUGGGGACAAUGUGGGCUUCAGUGUCAAGAAUGUGUCUGUCAAGGAUGUUCAUCGUGGCAACGUUGCUGGUGACAGCAAAAAUGACCCACCAAUGGAAGCAGCUGGCUUCACUGCUCAGGUGAUUAUCCUGAACCAUCCAGGGCAAAUAAGCACUGGCUAUGCCCCUGUAUUGGAUUGCCACACGGCUCACAUUGCAUGCAAGUUUGCUGAGCUGAAAGAAAAGAUUGAUCGUCGUUCUGGUAAAAAGCUGGAAGAUGGCCCUAGAUUCUUGAAGUCUGGUGAUGCUGCCAUUGUUGAUAUGGUUCCUGGCAAGCCCACGUGUGUUGAGAGCUUCUCAGACUAUCCACCUUUGGGUCGCUUUGCUGUUCGUGAUAUGAGACAGACAGUUGCGGUGGGUGUCAUCAAAGCAGUGGACAAGAAGGCUGCUGGAGCUGGCAAGGUCACCAAGUCUGCCCAGAAAGCUCAGAAGGCUAAAUGAAUAUUAUCCCUAAUACCUGCCACCCCACUCUUAAUCAGUGAUGGAAGAAUGGUCUCAGAACUAUUUGUUUCAAUUGGCCAUUUAAGUUUAGUAGUAAAAGACUGGUUAAUGAUAACAAUGCAUCGUAAAACCUUCAGAAGGAAAGGAGAAUGUUUUGUGGACCACUUUGGUUUUCUUUUUUGCGUGUGGCAGUUUUAAGUUAUUAGUUUUUAAAAUCAGUACUGUUUAAUGGAAACAACUUGACCAAAAAUUUGUCACAGAAUUUUGAGACCCAUUAAAAAAGUUUAAUGAGAAAUAAAUAAAUAAAUAAAUAAAUAAAGUUCGGCAAAAUACUUUUAUUACUGUCGAAGUAAUGUUUAAAGUGAAAUUUUGAAUUUUCUUUGCUUGAUAUUAUGGCUUCCCCCAAAUUCUAGUGUAUAGAAACUUUGGUUUAAAAAAAGUAUUUAUAUAAUAAACAGUAUGGUUGUACUAGCAAAUACAA